UAUCCUGAGGAUCCUUUCUGGAACGCAACAGAAUAGAAAAUCUAACAUGAGGAACUGUCGACAAAAGUAACAUGACAUGACAGGUACAUGACCGGUCUGAGACGGAGGGAGAAGAAGAUACGUACAUUGCCCUCCGAGAGACAACCAUUCUCCAGGGGGCAGAAGAAGAACAAGCACAUCGGUAUCAACGUCGACAAGGUUGUUCAUCUCAUUGGUAGAAGAAGAAGAAGAAUGUUCUUACAAGUUGACGUGGAUUAUAUGAAUGCCCGCAACCGACAGCGAAGCUUUGUCAUGGAUGACGAAUGGAGUAUGGAAGACAGACUGAGAGAAGUGGCCAUUGGCUUUGUGACUCUCGUCACGGCUGCCCUGUUCGCGUUUCUGCUUGCCUUCACUGCAGUACACGCUUUCUCAGGUAGGAAUUACAAGAAGAGAAAUCUAGUCCCAGACUGGAGCCACCUUAGGGGUCAACCGCGUCAAAGUCAAAACGAGACAAACCUUCGGCCAAGCGUGGACAAUACAGUCGUUUGCACCGUGGGUCACACAGCCACAUAUAGACGUUGGUACCCCGUGGACAGUAUUUGCACCUAUAUUGUCUACAAGCACGUGUUCUAUGACACAAAUUCUGCGUCGUUCCUGCCUUCCGUGAACUCUGACAUGGCCUGGACAAGCUUUCGCGUGUUUCUGCGCCAGUCCAGGUACUUGCGCCUGACUUCGUGUCUUCCAUCUCUGGAGUGGCAAGCCCUUUUACGACUCCCCGAAAAACUCAAGCAAACCUACGAACACGUAGCGAAACGUAUGAAGCAAACGCUGUCCGCUAAGGGACUCUACGGUCUUGCCAUGCUGGAGGUCCGUGCUCCUGUUGAGCAGUUGCCCGAGAUCAGCAGUGCUCUCAAGGGACUGCGCUCUGGAGUUCCAGACUUGUUUCUAGUUCUCGGCAUAUCGUUCGUUGGUGUGACGGACGGGAAUCUUCCACGUGCACUGCCAACAGGUGUUUUGGACACUCUUAUGACCCCACUUAGUAUGUUUAUCCUGGAGACACAUAGCCAGCCAUACCCAGGACGGCCUUGUCGGACGGCAUACUCUUCGGCCCAAAACAACUAUGGGAAUCCCGAACAGAAUUUUACUCUCAAGGGCGCCGUUCGACUGUUGAGCCACCCAGCCGUGCUUUACGUGGAUCCCAAAGCAACCCUACGGUGCAUAUCUCUAUCAGCCGCAGCACUAGUUUUCAAGGUUUACCCCCACAGCCAGGUACAAGCUGCAGGACUGUCAUGCACUUCGUCGGUUUUCGAGAAAGUUGAGAAGGUUUGUCGCGAACCAAACGUUCGAGAAGACGUCGACGCAAGAGCCACCUAUGGGUACACCAAUGAGACCUUCUUCACAUACGAAACGAACAAGGACAUGAGUGAAAAAUACGGUGGCACUCUUCAGUGGCUCCUGGACAGUGAACGUCCUGCGUGCCUCGCCAUAUACCACAUCGACAUGGACGACAUCCAUAUGAGCUGCGCAAGAUUUUCUGACCGGAUACGAAAGCUUCCUUAUUCCGCUCGAGACCUAGUAGCGAAUCUAAGGAGAUAAUCUUUGUAUCGUCUAACGUGCUUGAGGAUGUCUUUUGUUGGCAGGAUCGCCAAUGUCUUACAUGAUAUAAUCUUGUAAUUUGU